UGGCAGUGUAAGCUGUGUGUUGCAGACUUGCUGCCACCCUGGGGAGCGCACAGCCCUGAGCAGGUCAGGCGGAUGGAGGACAGUGUGCCAGGGAUGCCGCUAAAGUGAUGCGUCCACCUUGUUCCAGUGGCAAUUGGGGUGAAGCAGAGGGCUUCAUCUGCACUGGGUUUAAAGCAAGUGGCCUGUGCUGGAUGCCAGAGACAAAAGAGAGCUGCUAAGAAUCUCAUGAAGCUGCUGCAGGCUGUAUUUUCCACUGCAGCCUAGUUUCUUCUGCCGCAAGCUUCCCUCGCUAACUGCUCUUCCAGGCACAAGCAUUUUCCUGAUGUUUGUACAUUCAUUUAUAUAUAGCCUUCAAACCCAUGGAGCUCGUUUCCCUCCGUCUCCCAUGAAUUGCUUUUCCUGCCGUGUGCCAUGUCCCACCAUGGGGGAUGUGUGAGAGGAGGCCAAGGAUAACACAGCCCUUCAAUGGUCCCUCAGUGCUCUUGUGGAGGCACAGGGAGGGAGUGCUCUGCCCUUGUCUGAGCACCCCUCUGCCUGCUCCUGCUCCUGCUCUGAGGGGGCUGCUGGCUGCCUCUAACAUAGCUCUCCUGGAAACAAAGCCAUCUGCCCUGCCCCUGGUAUUCCCAGUGUGGAGGGGAAGAGCAAAGCCCCCUCUCCUGCAGGAGCCCCAGGCUCCAGAGGUGACUUGUGCCCUGGCUUUGGGACAUGUUUGCAUUCAGCCUCCUGCUUGCAGGUUUUGCUGAUGGCUUUCCAGUGAGUCCAAGGAGCUGGCUGUGGCGCAAGCUCCAAGUGCCAAUGUGAGGGUCUGCUGCAGGAGGGAAAAUGAGCCCAGGGAGUCUGGGCUCACUGCUCCUGUCCCCCGUCAAGGCCAGUGCUGUGGUGUUGGCUUGGGCAUGGAUCACAGACCAUCCUGGUGCUUGGAGGCUGAUCCUGUGCGAGUUCCCUGUGAGUAGGUUACUCAUUUCCCUCUGCUGUGGGCUCGAGGAUGCUGCAUCAGUUUAACGCAUGCAAAUUGAGGCUUUGCUGGUGGAAGAUGGAUUUCAGUGGCUAUUUCUCCACUUAAAAAUAGCUCCUUUCAGGAACUGGAUGCAACUCUACAUAAACUGGGCUUGAGAUAUUAAUUAUUCAAGCAAGAGUCAGUUUAGGACCCAAGAUCUGGAGGUAAAAGAGCACUGGGAUGUUGAGGCAUGAGGUGAAUGCUCUGGCAAGAUCCAGCAUGGAUGCAUAGGAGGGAGAUGGGAAGUGGGGAUGCACCAUUCACACAGCUUGAGUUUUCUGUGGGCUGUUUGGGAUGGACUAAGGCAAACAAGGAGCGGAAGCGUGCAGGAGGGGGGACGGGGCCGUUCCUCCCGCAGGAAACCCGGGAUUGGGACACAGGCUGGAUUGUGUUGCUGUUGUGAUCACACUGCUUGAGCACAGCCCAGCAGCUGCUCGGAGCAGCAGCAACGCGUUGAACCCAGCUCUUGGCACAGGAGCCGAGGCCAGUUACAACACAGCAAGUGGAAAUAAACACAACUGGUGGAACUGGCAGCGCUGGAAUGGGAAGGAGCGUGACAGGGAGCAUCAGGCUUGCAGAUGGCUCACACAGGCUAACAGGAACAGCCUGGUAGGGUCCAUCUCGAAUAGACGCGGAUGAUGCCAGAGCUAUGACAGCGAUUGCAGUCUUGGCACUGAGGGGUGAUCAAUUAUGGAACAACUACAGGAGGAAGUACCUGAGGUCAGGGAAGAGGAGGAGGAAGAGGAAGAGGCAGUGAUGGUGGGAGGCGGAGCCUCAGACGCAAGUGGAGGACCAGACAGCUCGCUGCCUUCGAGCAGCUACACAGACCUUUCGCAGAGCUCCUCUCCCUCCCUGUCGGACCAACUGCAGAUGGGCUGCGAGGAGGCAGCGUUGGGAGCGCUCAAUGUGGAGUGCAGAGUCUGCGGAGACAGAGCCUCGGGCUUUCACUAUGGUGUCCACGCCUGCGAGGGCUGCAAGGGUUUCUUCCGCCGGACGAUCCGCAUGAAACUGGAGUAUGAGAAGUGCAAGAGGAGCUGCAAGAUUCAGAAGAAGAACAGGAACAAGUGCCAGUACUGCCGCUUCCAGAAAUGCCUCUCACUGGGAAUGUCCCAUAAUGCAAUCCGCUUUGGCCGCAUGCCCGAGGCAGAGAAGAGGAAGCUGGUGGCAGGGCUGACAGCGAGUGAGAUCAGCUGCCAGAACCCGCAGGUGGCCGACCUGAAGGCAUUCUCCAAGCACAUCUACAACGCCUACCUGAAGAACUUCAACAUGACCAAAAAGAAGGCGAGAGGUAUCUUGACCGGGAAGGCCAGCAGCACCCCACAGCCUUUUGUGAUCCAUGACAUGGACACCUUAUGGCAGGCAGAAAAGGGGCUGGUGUGGAAGCAGCUAGUGAAUGGCAUCCCCCCCUACAAGGAGAUCGGGGUGCACGUCUUCUACCGCUGCCAGUGCACCACGGUCGAGACUGUGCGGGAGCUCACCGAGUUUGCCAAGAGCAUCCCCAGCUUCAUAGGCCUCUACUUGAACGACCAAGUGACUCUGCUGAAAUACGGGGUGCACGAGGCCAUCUUUGCCAUGCUGGCCUCUAUCAUGAACAAGGAUGGGCUCUUGGUGGCCAAUGGGAAUGGCUUUGUGACCCGUGAGUUCCUGCGUAGCCUGCGCAAGCCCUUCAACGAGAUCAUGGAGCCCAAGUUUGAGUUCGCAGUGAAGUUCAAUGCGCUGGAGCUGGAUGACAGUGACCUGUCUCUGUUUGUGGCUGCCAUCAUCCUGUGCGGAGACCGCCCUGGCCUGAUGAACGUGAAGCAAGUGGAGGAGAUCCAGGAUAACAUCCUGCGGGCGCUGGAGUUCCACCUGCAGUCCAACCACCCGGAUGCCCAGUACCUCUUCCCCAAGCUGCUGCAGAAGAUGGCAGACCUGCGGCAGCUGGUGACAGAGCACGCCCAGCUCGUGCAGAAGAUCAAGAAGACAGAGACUGAGACAUCUCUGCACCCUCUUCUGCAGGAGAUCUACAAGGACAUGUACUAAGGACCUGUUAUUUAUGCAAAUGAAGCCAUGAUUCCCAUCAAGACUCUUUGUACAGAAACAAAGAAAACCUUUCCCCCCACGUC